AUGGAGUCUGGAGAGGCACCGAGCACAGGGGCUGGUACAGGCCAGGCAGCUCUGCCUCCCUCAGAGGCCCACACUGUCCCUCCCAGCCCUCUUGCCACACUGACUGUGGUGGUAGAAGUGGAACUCAGGAGGGAAUCAGGCCCUGAGGAGAUUCAGAGCCCUUUACUGCUGGAGGAGCCCAAGAGCAUUCGCCUGUUUCCUUCGAGGACUCUAGAGAAUCAGGAACAAUGCUUCACGUUUGACAGAGUCCUGGGCCUCGAUGCAGCUCAGGAGGCAGAGCAGGAGCUGCUGGCACGAGUCAAGUCCACCUUGGCUUUAGUGGGCAAAGGAUAUAGUGUAGCCCUGAUUCUCCGGGGCCGGGAAACAGAGGCACCCCGACUUGUGCCCCAGCUACUGCAGGAGCUGUUUGAGGAAGCUCUGCUCCUCCAUCAUUCUGACUGCAUGCUCAGCACGCUCAGCCUGGUGCAGAUCAGCCCCAGUGGGAGGACACAGGACCUGCUCUCUCCAGGGCUGGAGGACCUGUCCAUGCUGGAGGUGGCUCCUCUGGGCUUGGUGGUGGAAGGUGCCAGUGAGGUGGACGUGUCUGACUCAAGAGCUGCCUCAGAGCUGUACUUGCAAGUUACAGGGCGCGAAGCCAGGACUUGCUGUCUGCUGACGCUCACCGUUUCUUGCCCUGGGCCUGAUCCUCCUGAAGGUUCUGGGACCCAGGGUGUGUGGCGAGGUGUUUUGCGGAUAUUGCAGCUCCCAGGAGCCUUACACUGCCCCCUGCUGCGAGUAUUGGCUGGUGAGGUUGUUGGUGAGGAGAUGGAGGGCUCUUUGCCUUGGAUUAUCUCACAGCUCUUAGAAGGAAACAACUAUAGUGGUCUACUCCUUCGCCUGGACCCCCAAGGUAGCUCCCUGAGUUUGCUUCAGGGUGCUCUGCUGGGGGCCUCAGAAAGAAGGAUGCAAGUGAAACAGAUCAGGCCCAUCCUGUGGAACGUAGUAGAAGAGGCCCGGGCCCGCCGUGCUGGCCUAAAGACCCUGCGUUUAGGCCUCCUUGGACUCACCUUGACAGAUGAAAGGCUUAGCCAGAUGGGCAGGGCACUCCGGGAACUACAGGUGGUAAAAGCCUUGGGCCAGUACCCAAGAAGCCCAGUAUCCAAAGAGGCCAGAGCUGAGGUGGAAGAGCUCCCGGGGUCAAAGGUAUGUUUUCUCAUCCAACCUCUUAAGACCUCUAUUUAUGUUGGCCUUCCCCUCCUGUUUAUAGAGUAUUCCAUUGUCCAAGGCAAGCCAUGGAAAUACUGUGAGCAGAAAAGACAACAUUACUCUCACUUGGCAGAUCCAGAGGCUUCUCACUCUACCCAUGGCGUCCUGACUCUGUACCCAGGCUAUAGGCUCUUCAAGGCCAGUGAGGUCCUGGAUAUCAUUCUGACUGACACUAUCUGGGUCUGCCAGGCCCCAGAUGUGGCCCUGCAGUUCAUCCUGGCGCAAGCCCGGAGGCAAAGACUGCAAGAGCAGCACCAAAGUUGGAUUCAAGAGGAGUUGAAGCAUAUGGGACAAGAGGAGGUUGCAGGUGAACAGAUCAAAGGCCCAAUGGCUGAGGAGCAGUUCUGUGAAGAGAGACAGAGAUGGCUCCAAGAGCAGACAGUGCUGAGGCUCCAGGUGGAGGCCCUGCAGGCAGAGCGGAACAUGGCAGAACAGGACCUGGCAGCCUUCUAUGACCUGCAUGUAAAGGCCACUCGUGCUCAGACAUGCCACAUGCUACAGGUAUUUCGAGCCUGGCAGGGGCUUUGGCAGGAGAAGGCCACAACCACUGAGCACCAUCUUCGCAGCCUCCUAGCUAGUGUCCUGCAAGACACCAUUGAUCUGGCCUCACAGAACCAGGAGCUCCAAGCCCAGAACCAGCAGCUUCGGCUUCAGCAGUGUGCAAGUGAGCCCGGCACAGUCACACUGGGUCCCUGCCCUGGAGAGAAACCUGGUGACCUGGAAUCUUUCAAAAACAGUUUCCUUCCUCCUCAUUCUUGGGAGUCCUAGAAGGGAGCAGAGUAGGACACGACAAUGAAGUAGAACCUUACAGGAAAUCAAUUCCAUUACUAACCACAUCUGACUCUGCUGGUUCCUGCUAAGUACUUGACAUAUAUCAUUUCACUUUACCUUUUCAGGUAUUUUGUCAAAACUACAGUCAACAUACUUAGGUAAUAUUUGAUCUUCAGUGAUAAGGCAAAUGAAGCUAGGAAAAAUUAAAUCUAAUGAUGGUUAACCGAG